ACGACCACAUAUGUGUGCAUUAUCUGAUCCUUGAUUCGAAAUCGCUAGGUUGAGGAAAAAAUGGCGCAGUGUGUGAGCACAUUCGUGCAAGGAAAACCCUUCCUCCCGGUUGCAGCGCCCAGGAAAAACGUUGGGAGCGCGGUGAAGCGUGGGGUGUGGUGCAGGAAGAAGGAGAUACACCCGCAGUUCCACGGGGAGGCGAAGGUGUACUGCAACGGGGAACUGGUGAUGACCACGGGUGGGACCCAGAAGGAGUACGUCGUUGACGUCUGGUCCGGUAACCACCCCUUCUACCUCGGUAACCGGUCGGCGGUCAUGGUCUCCGACGACCAGGUCGAGAAGUUCCGCAAGAAGUUCGGAGAGCUUAAGGACCUCAUGGAGAUUCCUGUCCUCAAGGGGGAGAUCGUUAUCCCCUCUCGCCGCAAGGGUAUUUCCAAGGGAGGCAAGAAAAAAUAGUCUAAUUUCUCUCAUCUUUUUCCAAUUUGUUUCUGCUUUCAUCACUUCACAUACUAUUUAUUACUUUAAUUUUUAUAAUACUUCAUGCUCUGAACUAUGUAGAAAUUAAGCAGGUACAAUAAUCAUAUAAAAUUUCAAAAGAAAAUGAUGCAAUUAAGAAACCAUGUCUUGUCUUGUUAAGAGUGAA